AGAUGACGAAGGUGAGUAUUGAAACCAUUUGAAAGGAAAGACACAAGUACAACAUUCAGGUUCACCAUGCCAGCACCACUUGCAAAAGGAAUCAUCAUUACUGUUUCUGUGCUUGUAGCAGCCGGAAUUGCCGUGUAUGAGUCACCGCAGUUUCAACAAUGGGUGACCACCUCGCGGCGCAAGAUCGCCGUAGCUCUGCACAACCUCGGCGAUGAGAUCCAACCUCAAGACAUAGCAGCGAGGCAAGAUAUUUCUAUGACCGAGGAGACUGGCGAAAUUGCCGAAGAACGCAGACGGAUUGCUCGUGCGGAGAUUAUGCGACGAGGAACGCUCCUUGAAUCACGACGAAAGACCAGCCAGCCCGGCCAGCCUCAUAAUAGCUUUGAUACUCUUGUCGACGAGGAGGGCAACCUGCGUAAACAAAGAGACGAUGAAUACGAUGUUCAAAACAACGAAGAAUUUACUGCUAACUCAACGGGAAUUGACUUGGGCACUUCGGAGCCUCUCCGGCGAGGUGCCAAGCAAAUCGAGCCCGAGUCUUCGACUACGCUGGGUCGGAAUCAGCUUCAUGUCGACAUCCCCUCGUACGCUCCCUCGAAUCACCCUUCGGAAUCUACUAUUCAGUUCACGCCUCGGUCUGAAGCACCCGAGGGGAAUACCCUAUUUGAUCCAUUUUCUCCCAACUCUCCCUUGUCUGUAUCUGGCUCCAGCCACACAGAAGACCACCAGCAGGUAUAUUACGCGCACCCUGAUACGCCAAGCAAUGAAACCUAUGAACAUGAUCACUUCGCUGAGCUAGAUGGUUUCGGCCAUGAGAGUGCCCAGUCUCACCAUGAUAUUUCGGCCGCCCCUUCUACCACCGGAAGCUUCAGCCAUGUCGGAGGAUUUGAGGAUGAAACGUCAGACGACACUCUUAGUGACUUUGAUGGGCGAUCUGUUGGUGGUCUGGCUACUCCGGCAUGGUCUGAUGUGGGUAGUGUAAUUAGCAACGAGGAUGCUGGACAUAAUCAGUUACUCUAA